AUAAAUAAAGGGAAGUGAGGAGAAAGAGGGAGACUGAAAGGGAAGGCAGGUGGGGAGAAGGGGGACGAAAGAGGCAGAAGAGAAAGAAGAGAGAGGAGGAGAGAGGGGGAGAGAGGGAAGGAAGGAAACAGGGAGAGGAGGGUCACAGAGUGACCGUGGAGGAUGGGGCUUCUCGGUUCUAGAUAUUUCUGGGAUUGGAGACUGUUUGCUAGUGGGGAGACUCCAGCUCCGGCAGCCAGUUCGGGAGCGGCAAAGUAAGAUGGACAGCGACAGACAGACGUUCCAGCCACCUCUCCGCCGCGGGGAGAUCCUGGAGCUGCUUUCAGGCCAACUCCAGUUUCCCAGCUGGAGCCUCUGAACGCGCUGGACUGCGCGAGCACAGGGAGCGCCAGAAAGCUGCUCCCCGGAGAUACCCUUCGCCGAAGCAGUAAGAACUUCCUGCUUGGGUCCCUGCAUUCCCUCCCUCCGAAACUUCCCAGGAGAAGGGCGGAAGACCCCAGGGGAAGGGGCGAGGCGAAUCUUCGCGCUGCUUUUUCUUCCCUCCCCCUUCCCGCGCCAGGCGCGCAGGCAUGGAUGUGCUCAGCCCUGGUCAGGGCAACAACACCACAUCACCACCGGCUCCCUUUGAGACCGGCGGCAACACUACUGGUAUCUCCGACGUGACCUUCAGCUACCAAGUGAUCACCUCUCUGCUGCUGGGCACGCUCAUCUUCUGCGCGGUGCUGGGCAAUGCGUGCGUGGUGGCUGCCAUCGCCUUGGAGCGCUCCCUGCAGAACGUGGCCAAUUAUCUUAUUGGCUCUUUGGCGGUCACCGACCUCAUGGUGUCCGUGUUGGUGCUGCCCAUGGCCGCGCUGUAUCAGGUGCUCAACAAGUGGACACUGGGCCAGGUCACCUGCGACCUGUUCAUCGCCCUCGACGUGCUGUGCUGCACCUCAUCCAUCCUGCACCUGUGCGCCAUCGCUCUGGACAGGUACUGGGCCAUCACGGACCCCAUCGACUACGUGAACAAGAGGACGCCCCGGCGCGCCGCUGCGCUAAUCUCGCUCACUUGGCUUAUUGGCUUCCUCAUCUCUAUCCCGCCCAUGCUGGGCUGGCGCACCCCGGAAGACCGCUCGGACCCCGACGCAUGCACCAUUAGCAAGGACCACGGCUACACUAUCUAUUCCACCUUCGGAGCCUUCUACAUCCCGCUGCUGCUCAUGCUGGUUCUCUAUGGGCGCAUAUUCCGAGCUGCGCGCUUCCGCAUCCGCAAGACGGUCAAAAAGGUGGAGAAGACCGGAGCGGACACCCGCCUUGGAGCAUCUCCGGCCCCGCAGCCCAAGAAGAGCGUGAAUGGAGAGUCGGGGAGCAGGAACUGGAGGCUGGGCGUGGAGAACAAGGCUGGGGGUGCUCUGUGUGCCAAUGGCGCGGUGAGGCAAGGUGACGAUGGUGCCGCCCUGGAGGUGAUCGAGGUGCACCGAGUGGGCAACUCCAAAGAGCACUUGCCUCUGCCCAGCGAGGCUGGUCCUACCCCUUGUGCCCCCGCUUCUUUCGAGAGGAAAAAUGAGCGCAACGCCGAGGCGAAGCGCAAGAUGGCCCUGGCCCGAGAGAGGAAGACAGUGAAGACGCUGGGCAUCAUCAUGGGCACCUUCAUCCUUUGCUGGCUGCCCUUCUUCAUCGUGGCUCUUGUUCUGCCCUUCUGCGAGAGCAGCUGCCACAUGCCCACCCUGUUGGGCGCCAUAAUCAAUUGGCUGGGCUACUCCAACUCUCUGCUUAACCCCGUCAUUUACGCAUACUUCAACAAGGACUUUCAAAACGCGUUUAAGAAGAUCAUUAAGUGUAAGUUCUGCCGCCAGUGAUGACGGAGAAGUAGCCUGCCAGUCGGGGCUACAGGAUCCGUCCCAUUCACUAUGCUUCCUCCAACCCUAGGGAAUCAACACUUAAGAUAAUUUGCCACUUCCCCUCUUUCUCUCUGCUCCGCUCAUGGCUUGCGGACCUGGUCCCCUCCCCACUUCCUGCUCCAGGGCAGGGCGCUUUGUGCAAAGGAGACCCAGCGGAGGGGCGUGAGAGCCAGGAAAUUCAGAGAGUUUGUGAGAAGCGACAUUGGCUCGGACUUUGCCUGUAGCAUCAGUUUUGAUCCCAGCAAUUGCCUCUUCUCUCUUCUAUCUCCUAAAUCUUUGCGUUGGAUGUUUAAUCCUUAGUUCAAGGCAGAAAAUCCAAAAAAUAAAUAAACUGUACACACAGCCGCCGCGCCCACUAAGGGGCUCCACCCCAUCACCCAACUUCUAGAACUUGGACUUGAGGUUUGGGAAUUUGCUCCAUCUCUCCCGCCCUGUGGCCCUUGAAAUAUUCACCUUUUUCUCCCCAUUUUUAUCUUUUAUUUUCUCUCAUUGCUUCCCUCUCUGCCCUCGCCCAUCCUUAUGCACGAAUCUGCUGGUCCGGAGAGGCGGAAGAGGCUGUUUUCCCCGUGCCAGCGGUGCCCCCGGGAUUCCCCGUCUUCGCGCAGACUUGAGAUAGUUACAACUCUCUCGUGCAGUGCACAACCCCUACUUCCUUUGUUUCCUUGGACUCAAAACAAGUGGCUAGAAGGUGGCUCUUAGAGUGGACUUGUAAGUACAACGCCGGUUCAGUGAGGGAGAGCGAGGAGGAGGAGGGUGUGCAGACCACUUUGUUUAUGCUUGCCUUGGUGUCAGCACUCACCAAAGAAACUGACAAUCAUACAGUGGAGAGAGCGGACGCUGUUUGUACAGGUAGCUGGCGAGUGUAUACGUCCUGGCAUCGCCACUUACUUACUGCGGGAGGCGCCAGCCGGCCGCUGUUUGCGCUC